CGUUCCAGUCGAAGAUACUGUGUAUUUCUGUGUAUUACUGUGUAUUAUAUAUACUGUAUACGCUGUAUACAGUAGUCGAUCUCAGUUGCGACAAUGACCGGAGAAUACAACGCAUACUCCAGACGGUGGAUUCCUCAUGUCGAGCUGGCUCAUGUGACUCUGACGGUCGAUACCCAUGACACCAGCGUCCUCGUCGGCACGGACCAUUCGGUGGGGAACCUCUCUUACGGCGAUGCAGUCAAGUAUGGCUACAGCACAUGGCUGAACCAGGCCAGCUUCUUCGGCGUCAACGCAGCCAUCAACAUCGCCAACCAGUCCACGGCAUACAUCGACCACGCCAACAGCACGGUCCACAAUGGCGCUGCCAACAUCUACGCCGAUGGCACUGCACUACCGUCGAUGUCAAUGACGCCGACCUCUACAGCUCCGGCCCCAUCUCCCGUGAGUUGUAUGCCGGCGGCAACGGCACCUUUGGGGCCCACCUCGAACACUACCUCGAACACCACCUCGAACACCACCUCCGGCAUCCUUGUCCUUGCCAACACCUACCCCACAAGUUUCCCAAGCGUUUGAUCAUUUCGCAGGGUAUGAGGAACACUCCGCUGUCGCGCCGGCCGAGGUGACAGUGACCGUGUCAGAGUCAACGUUGACAGGUGAGGUCGUGGCGUACAACAGCAGUCUCAUGCCCUGAGUCUGAACGGCUGCUCCAGCUGCACGGGAGCAGUGCAAGAAUCGGCGCUGUGAAUAGUGAUGGAAUGCUUAUUGUCUGACUGUCUUUCACUCUGAGUAGUAAUGAGGCAUAGUAUCGCUCAUCGAUUCAUGGACAGAGUAUGGUGGCUCCCCUAGGGGAAAGACCUCGGUAUAAGGAGG